GUUGGAAACUACUACUAUGGCCAAGGACAUCCCAUGAAACCCCACAGGAUUCGGAUGACCCACAACCUACUGCUGAACUAUGGGCUCUACAGGAAGAUGGAGAUAUAUCGCCCUCACAAGGCAAAUGCAGAAGAAAUGACCAAGUACCACAGUGAUGACUACAUCAAAUUUCUGAGAUCUAUUCGCCCAGAUAACAUGUCAGAGUACAGCAAGCAGAUGCAAAGAUUUAAUGUUGGGGAGGACUGCCCUGUGUUCGAUGGGCUGUUUGAGUUCUGUCAGCUCUCUGCUGGAGGCUCUGUUGCCAGUGCUGUGAAGCUGAACAAGCAGCAGACAGAUAUUGCUGUGAACUGGGCAGGAGGCCUUCACCACGCCAAGAAGUCAGAGGCCUCUGGCUUCUGUUACGUCAACGAUAUCGUCUUGGCCAUCUUGGAGCUCCUGAAGUAUCACCAGAGAGUGCUGUACAUUGACAUUGAUAUUCACCAUGGAGAUGGUGUGGAGGAAGCCUUUUACACCACAGACCGGGUCAUGACCGUGUCCUUCCAUAAGUAUGGAGAAUACUUCCCAGGAACAGGGGACCUGCGGGAUAUUGGUGCAGGCAAAGGCAAGUACUACGCUGUCAACUACCCCCUGCGGGACGGGAUCGAUGACGAGUCCUACGAAGCAAUAUUCAAGCCAGUGAUCUCUAAAGUGAUGGAGACGUUCCAGCCUAGCGCGGUUGUCCUGCAGUGUGGGUCAGAUUCUCUGUCAGGGGACAGGCUGGGUUGUUUUAAUCUGACCAUCAAAGGUCAUGCCAAGUGUGUGGAGUUUGUGAAGAGUUUUAACUUGCCCAUGCUGAUGCUGGGGGGAGGUGGUUACACCAUCCGCAACGUGGCGAGGUGCUGGACCUAUGAGACUGCAGUGGCUCUGGACACUGAGAUCCCCAAUGAGCUUCCAUAUAACGACUACUUCGAGUACUUCGGGCCUGACUUUAAGCUCCACAUCAGUCCCUCCAACAUGACUAACCAGAACACCAAUGAGUAUCUCGAGAAGAUCAAGCAGCGUCUCUUUGAGAACCUGCGCAUGCUGCCUCAUGCCCCUGGCGUCCAGAUGCAGCCAAUCCCUGAGGAUGCUGUUCAGGAAGACAGUGGAGAUGAAGAGGAAGAAGAUCCUGAAAAACGUAUUUCAAUCCGCAAUUCUGAUAAGAGGAUAUCCUGUGAUGAGGAGUUCUCUGACUCUGAAGAUGAGGGGGAAGGAGGGCGCAAAAAUGUCGCCAACUUCAAGAAAGCAAAACGUGUGAAAACAGAAGAGGAAAAGGAGGAAGAGGAGAAGAAAGAUGAGAAAGAAGAGGAAAAGCCAAAAGAGGAGAAAGCAGAACCCAAAGGGGUGAAGGAGGAGACAAAAUCCACCUAAGAUGGCUGCAGCUGGACAGCACCUGUCAGUGUGUAGUUGUCGUAGGUUAGCUUCCCUGGUUGCCUCCCAUUCCACAGGAUUUAUAUUUUAUAUAUGUUUCUGUAUAUAUUUCUAUAUAAAUAUAUAAAUGACUUGAGAACUGUAAAUUAUUCCUUGCUGCACUCCACUGGGAGCAGACUGGGAGGAUUCUGCAGAGGAGCCAGACCUGCACUGCCCAGCUUUGGUGACUGGGAAGUUUCACUCUUGCCUUCCACUGCCUCUUUAGUGUGUCUUUAAAAGAAAAAUCACUUCCUUUCUUGACUCUCUCCUCUGAAAUAGCCACCCUUGGAAAAGAAUAAUUUAAGUAGUAGUAUCAUCUUCAUUUCAGGUUAGGUGGAAAGAUGGCCAUGAGUUUUCUUUUUGGUUUUGCUUUGAUUUGUUUUGUUGUUGUUGUGGGAGAAUACGAGUUCCCAAAUGAAGCCUGUGAGAGACUGACUUAUUCCUUUGGUCUUUGAUUCCACCAUGGCAAGUAACUGCAAGCUGGUGCCAUUUCUCAGGGUCAAAUAGUGCAGUUCUUGAAUAGAGUUGGUGACCUCCCUGCAGCAAACUCACGGGGAAGAGAUGAAGCAGCUUAAAAAACAAUCUGAGAAGGGCUUUGGUGAAGCAGCC